AUGACCGCACUUCAACACGCCGCUUAUAAGGGUAACAAGGACAUGGUGCAACUCUUACUUGAUAGGGGCGCUGACGUGAAUUCGGGAAAACACGAAUACAACUACACUGCUUUACAUUUCGGUGCCUUGUCGGGGAACUCGGAUAAUACACCUGUCCUCCUCGACAAUGCAAAUAAAGCAAGUCAAGUGCUGGAAAUGUUAUGCAAAAGGGAAAUGACUAGAGGAAGUGAUACAAAUGAAGUUAUGGCAUUUAAAUAUCACUACCUAUCUUAUAUUCUUAAAGAAAUAUAUAAUAUAAGAGACAAACAGAAAUCAAAUGCAGACAACAAAGAAGAAAAGAAACAUGAUCCUAUUGAGAUUUUCUCAAAGAAACUUCUGAAACCUGGUAGGGAUGGUGUAUCCUUGGAUCUAAUGGAUGCAUUCUUGAAAGACUGCGUUAGAGAAUUUCCAUACAGAGAAUGUACAACUUUCCAUCAAAUGGUGACAGCUUUAACCAGUAAAGAUCCUCCAUCAGCUCUUUCUGUAAUUAACUGUACAAUAAAUGGUCAGCGUGGAUUUGUUGAUGCCAUACCAUACUGUAGUACAUGUGGUGAAGAGAAACCAGCUAAGAAAUGUUCUAAAUGUAAGAUGGUGCAAUACUGUGAUAGAGAAUGCCAACGUCUCCACUGGUUUGUGCAUAAAAAGGCCUGUAAUCGAGAGGCAGCCCAUCCCAUAUCAGCAUCACCCAAUGCUAAGGCCAAUAUUGAUGCCUCUGAAUUAACAUCAGAGUUGCAAAACCUAGUAGCUGGA